AUGUCUGACAGUAGUGAUAAUGAUCGGACGAUUUAUGCACUAAAAAAGAAGCAUAAAAAGAAAGAAGUUGUUUUCUAUACGACGUUCGAAGAAGUAUUGCAGAAAAUCAAUCCGUUUGGUCCGUAUCAGAUUUUCACUGUAAUCGUCAUUUUGUACGCUUCUAUAGAAUGGGCAGGAAACAGCACCUUUAUGGACGUGCUAGGUUCACUGGAACCCAACUGGAACUGUACACUGAAAAAUGGGAGUUAUUAUACGGUGGUCGCGCCUACAGACGAUAACAGCUGUGCCUUUCUGAAGAGGAACUGCUCAUCGUACACGGCCGAGAAAGAUUCAGUGGAAUUCGUCUCAUUGGUGGCAGAUUUCAAACUGGUUUGUGACGAUGCAGACAAAGUCAAAUGGAUCCAAGUGAUCCAGGCUGGUGGAUCGGUGACAUCUCUGACCAUGAUGAUGGAAUACACCAACAACAAAUAUCGGGUCAUCAUGGCGUCUGCAUUCCAGUGGCCAUUCGCCUACAUGACGAUAGCACUAAUCGCUUUCCUCACAAAGGGAUGGCAGAACUUCUUCGUAUUCCUUAAUUUGGUCUCAUCACCACUUACAAUUGGAUUCAUGCUGUUUUUAGAAUCCCCACGUUGGUUGAUUGCUACCAACAAAUUGGAUAAAGCUUGCGAUGUUCUGAACGACUUUGCUCAUCGACGUUGGAAUAAUACAAAGGCGCAUUUCACAACUUCAGAUAUAUCGUCUAUUCACAAGCAUGAGAAAAAACGAUUCUACACAUUCUACCACCUUUUCAGGUAA